CCACCCGCCAAAACACGCACCACGCCCACCUGCUAAUAUAAACAACAUGUCAGAUGGUAAAUACGAAAAAAUGAAAACGCCGGCUGAGUUUGAAGAUUCUAUUAGUAAAGAACUCAUCCAAUCUUACCGAAAUAUUGUCCGAUCGUAUUAUGAAAAGCACCUGUACAAAUCUGCUGCAUUUUGGGCUGACAAAAUAAUGUGUAUUACCAACGAUCCGCACGAUAUUUACUGGAAUGCACAGUGUCUUUAUCACUUGAGGGAGUUCCAGAGAGCCGCCAAUAUAAUCACAAGUCGAAAUUUGCACAAGACCAUUCCUCAAUGCCAGUACGUUGCUUCUAAAAGUCUUUUUGAAGCUAAAGAAUACCAUGAUUCGCUGACAAUUUUGGAGAGUCUCGAGUUUGAUUAUACCUUGGCGGGGAAAUCUUUUUUGAGUGACACAACAAGGACAGAAAAUACAGGCAUGGAAUGUGUUGAGUUGCACAGCGCAAUUUUGCUGCUUAAAGCUCAAGUUCUGCAAGCGAAUGGGAACCGAGUAAGAGCCUCUGAAUGCUAUCGUGAGGCAUUGCUCACUGACAUCAGGUGUCAUGAAGCCUUUGAUUCGCUGGUUCGCUUACAGAUGCUUACUUCUGUUGAGGAACAAGAGCUAAUGGAUAGACUGGAGAGUCAAAUGUCUUCCCAAUGCUCAGCAGAAGAGGCGAACAUGUUGAGGCUACUGUACCGAGGGCAACUGAAGAAGUAUGACAAGCCGAGAAAAGUGCCUGAUGCCAGUCCAGAUCAGAGCAUUGACCACAACAGUACAGCAGACGUCCGAUACCUGGAGAGCAAUGAUUCGCGUUUCCAGUUGUCGAAGAGCCUUGAUUGCAAGGCGUGGCAUUCUGAAAGACUCUACUACAACUGCGACUAUCAUCGAUGCCUGGAAGUCACUAAUGAAAUAUUGAAGUUGGACCCAUACCACUUGGGAUGUCUACCGGUUCACAUUGGAUGCUUAGUUCAGUUCAACAAGGCAAAUGAUUUGUUCCAACUUGCUCACCGGCUCGUCAAAUUGUACCCCGAGGAGGCAAUAUCAUGGUAUGCUGUUGGCUGCUACUAUUUUGUGAUUGGUAAAAGCGACCCAGCACGAAGAUAUCUGAGCAAAGCGACCAUGAUCGACCAGCUGUUUGGACCUGCUUGGCUCGCAUAUGGACACUCUUUUGCUUCUGAGAACGAACACGAUCAAGCCAUGGCUGCUUAUUUCAGGGCUUCUCAGCUUAUGAAAGGGUGUCACUUGCCAUUGCUAUAUGUCGGCUUGGAAAGUGGUUUGACAAACAACACCGAGUUAGCUGACAAGUUUUUCACUCAAGCGAGAGAAAUAGCGCCUUGCGACCCCUACGUUUUACACGAAAUGGGCGUUACUUCAUUUCUUGAUGAUGAUUUCCAGAAUGCGAAAAAGUGCUUUGAGAGUGCUCUUGCGCAAAUCCAGGAGAGUGACUCUCGGCGGUUGGAAGAGAACUGGGAACCGCUCUUCAACAAUUUGGCUCAUGUGUACAGAAAAUUGGGUAAACUCCCUGAGGCGCUGCAGCUGCAUCAGCAGGCGUUGUCGCUGCAGCCACUGAAUGGGUCCACGUAUGCGGCAAUUGGCCUCGUGCAGAUGCUGAUGGGCCGAUUGCUUGAAGCUGUUGAGUCAUUCCACGAGGCGUUGGGACUCAAGCCCGAGGACUCGUUUAGCACUACUAUGCUUGGUUACGCCAUGGACGCUCUCACCAUCGACCCAGUGGAUGGUGCUGGUCAACCAUUUGAAGGAGAACCUGCUGAGCUGCCGGCUACUCUGAGGUGUUCUCAUCAAAUGGGCAGUCCAUCUGAACCAAUUAUGAUUCCGCAGCAACCUACUGAAGAUCUUUCUGAGUUGAGCAUCGAGUAUGAGAUGCAAGAUGCUUCCUCGCCUUAAUUUGCCUUUAAAAUUCACAAUUAUGUCAAGUCUGGAUUGUACCAUUAAUAAUAAAAAAAUAUUUAAUUUGAAUAAUAA